CAUUGCGAUCCGCUUAAUGCAUUCUAGGCAAUGUAGGCAGCCGGUCGUGACAUUGUAUUUGCUGAUCAUUCGAGCCACUGCACCCCUGGUGAGAUGGUUGGGUCUGGCCGGACUCGGUGCUAUGUUUGCAUCGUUCGGCAGUUAUGUGGCUUAUGAGAAUUCAGCUGGCUAGUGCAUAUGUAAAUACUAGUAGUACUUUUGAUGGGAUAUGCUGUCGGCCGAUAGCAGGGUCUGGGCAUUAGCAGAAUGAAAUGAUAGUAAUUGAAACAUCCAAGGGACUAUUGAAUCACAGGGGUAGCAUUGUACAUAGUGGAAGUUGUUGGUGAAGAUAUACUACUAGUAGGAGUAAAUAUAUACCCCUAGUAUACGC